AUGGGUGUGGACAGGUGCGGCGCAUUGGUGGAGAAGGAUGAACAAGUUUGUCCCGGCAAGGCAUGGUGCGAAUGCGCCGCGAUCUCGGUGGCCAACCUGGGGAACGCCUCAGAAUCUCAAGGUGUAGGGCUGAACCUCCAAGGGAACUUUUGGCUCUUCUCUGCCCUGGUCGUCUUGUGGGUCUAA